CUCCAGGACAAAGAGGAAGACAAGGUGUCCGCCCUGAAAGAGGAGGACAAGGUGUCGGCCCUGAAGGAGGAGGUGCGCCUGCAGUACCAGAAGAUGCAGCAGCUCCUGGAGGAGGACCUGGGCAAGACGCUGGAGGUGCUGGACAAGGCGCGCUCCAAGUUUUGCCAGGAGAACUCCAGCCAGAGCCUGCAGCUGGACGGCAAGCGGCAGGAGGCCAAGAAGCUGCUCUCCUCCGUGCAGACCGUCUUCGACAAGGCAGACGACAUCAACUUCAUGAAGAACACCAAACCUGUCAAAAUACUGAUGGACAGAACACAGUCGUGUAUAGGCAACAGCCUGGCGCCUCACAAAGUCGGCCACCUCAACUCCAAAAUCUUCCUCUCAGAGAUCUCCAAGAAGGAGAAGAGCCUCCGGAAAAUGCUGGAAGCUCCCUUCGCUGCUCCCGCCCACUUCCUCCAGUGUGUCUACCCCUGCAGCUCCGGCUCUGAGAAGCGUAAGCACUCCUCCGCCUUCCCCUCCGAGAGCUCCUCAUCGGGGGCCACCGGCGCCGGCUUCCUGGCCCCCGACUCCUCCUCCUCCUCCUCCGGGUCCUCCUCCUCUUCCUCCUCCUCCUCGGGGCCCCUGGCUAAGCAGCAGUUCCUGGUCCAGAGCCCUGGCGGUGGCGGAGGAGGAGGAGGCGAGGGCCAGUCUUCCCAGCAGCCCCCUCCCCCCAUGCCGGGGCCCUGCGGUUCGGCCGUAGCGGCGGCGGCAGCGGCGGCAGCAGCGGCAGCUCAGCACUCGGCCUCCGUCUUCCCCCCGCCUCCGCACCCGUACCCACCCGGCCCGGGCAGCUCGUCCCAGCAGCCCCCGCUCCUGCCGCAGUACGGCGGCCGCAAGAUCCUGAUGUGCACCAUGGAUAACUGCUACUGCUCCGGCGUGCCCUCCGUGUCGCGGCACCGCGCCCACCCGCCGUACCCGCGCUCGGGCUCCUUCCCCUGGGCCGUGGGCUCGCAGGAGUACCCGCCCCACGCCCACGCGCUGGGGCCCCCCUCGGGGCCCCCGCCCCCGCCGCCCAUGUCCCAGCCGCUGCAGGGGCUGUCCAUGCGCGACUGGAUGGACGCCUCGGCACAGACGCACAGACACCCCGACUUCUACAGCCUGUAUGGACAGGCCUCCGCCAAGCACUACGUCACCAGCUAACACCCCCCGC